AUGGCGGCUUCGAGUUCACGAGAAGGAGACGAUUACACGAUUAUGGAGAAAGAUCCUACAGGGCAAUACUCAAGGUACAACAUUUUCAUUGAUAAAGGCCAACAUAAUAAAGUAGUUUUCUUAGGAUAUGAUGAAAUUAAUGGCAUAGAAAUUGCUUGGAAAAAGAAAUUUAUUAGUGAUGAUUGUAUUCUUGGUUUGCUUCAAGAAGCUUCGUUGUUGAAGGAUGUAGACCAUGAAAAUGUACUCAAAUGCUACAAUUCUUGGGUUUGUCCACAAAAUAAAGAGAUAUUCAACAUAAUUACUGAACUUUAUUCUUGUAAUUUGAGGGAUUAUACCAAGAAACAUGAUAUUAUAGAAGGUGAUCCAUUGAUCAAGAAUUGGUGUAAACAGAUUCUAACAGGGCUUGAUUUGCUUCACAAUCAAUGCUAUCAGAUUGUUAUUCACAGUAGUCUGAAUUUGGAAGACAUAUGUGUUGUUGGGGACUCAGGAACUGUUAAGAUAGGGGAUGUGAAUUUCGCGGCGUUUCUUUUACCGGGGACUAAUGAUACUGAUGGAGCUGCUGAACUUGCACUGUCGUCUGAGGUGCACUGUUUUGGGGUGUGUGUGCUGCAGAUGCUGUAUGAUGAAACUGUUGAGAGGCCGUUACGAGAGUUGAACAGUGUAACAGACGGAGAGCUUCAGAGGUUCAUUCAGAGGUGUUUGGCCGAUGUAGGAAUUAGGCCUACAGUUACUGAUCUUCUGAAUGAUCCGUUUCUUGAACUGAGUACUGCAGGUUCUGCAGCAGCAUCAGUACCAUCUGUGAGUGUACCGCCUGCUGACACGAGUGAUCAGGGGUUUAGAGAACAAGAACGACCGCCUUUUAUUGCAGAGCUCAACGAAGAGUAUACGAAAUUUGCAUUAGUAGGAGAAAAGUUGGACAGUGAACUGAUGUCUGUGACAGUUAGGACUACUGAAGUUAAGAUUGAUGAUUUUGUGUUCUGUCUCGAAAUUGAUACACUUCAGGAAAUGAUGAAUGAAAUCAGAGAAGAAUCUGGCCUGUCAGACGAAGAAGCUGCAUUAAUUGGUGUGAGACUGGCAAUACUGGAAUUAUAUCACCCACCUAUUGUGGAUGAAGAAGUUGAUUUCGACUAUAGCACAGGUAGUGAAAAUCCUGAGGGUGAUGAUAUUGACGAUAACACAGGUAUUGAAAAUCCUGAAGGUGAUAUUGCUGAUAACACAGGUAUUGAAAAUCCUGAGGGUGAAAUCGCCGAUAACACAGCAAAUGCUGGGGGUGAAAUCAACGAUAACACAGCAAAUGCUGGGGGUGAAAUCAACGAUAACACAGCAAAUGCUGAUGGUGAAAUCGAGGAUAACACAGCAAAUGCUGAUGGUGAAAUCGAGGAUAACACAGGUAUUGUAAACCCUGAGGGUGAUAUCGCUGAUGACACAAGUAUUGCAGAUGCUGAGGGUGAUAUCAACGACAGAAACUCGUCUGCAUCAACUGAAAAUGCUCGACAGGUAGCUGAUGAAAUGGGUCUGGGAAAUCAGGAAAGUCUAUUAAGGUGA